AUGUCGGACCUGAAUGCAAAUGAGAACGAAAGGGAAGCAAACCCGAGUGCUUCCAAAGUACUACGAGCAGCUGCACAUCAAUUAAUUGAUGACCUUGUGCAGAAUCCCUCGGGUCGCCAACAUGAGCAAAAGGUGGCGUACGCCACAUUCAAGCUUACUGGGGAAGCGAAGAGGGGGUGGAUUUCUGAAAGAACUAUCAGAGAAGCAAAGGGGACAGAGAUAGUCAAUUGGCUGCAUUUCAAACAAAUCUUUCUUGAGCGCUUCUUCCCUAGCUCGUUUCGUGAGGACAAGGCUAUGGAAUUUGCCACCUUAGUGCAAGGAACAAUGACGGUACAUCAGUAUGCAGCUAGGUUUACUGAGUUAUCCCGUUUUGCUACUUAUUUGAUUCCUGAUGAGGAAAAGAAGGCGCACAAAUUUGAGCAAGGACUAAAUGAGAAACUUUAUGAGCGUGUGGUGGGUUUUCAGAUUAGGAACUUCUCAGAAAUGGUGAAUAAGGCCACAGUUUUUGAAAGAACCCUCCAAAGAAUUGCUGCAUUGCAUGAACAAAGAAAAAGGGCUACUCCUACUGGGUAUCAUUCUGGCGUGGACCAGGGAUCAUGGAAAAAGAGGAAUGAAUGUAGUAGUUCGGGUAAGAGGCUAGUUCAGGGCACCCAACAAGCAUAUCAGUGUAGAAUUUGCAAUCGAAUACAUGCCGGAGUAUGCAGGAUGGAAGCGGGACUAUGUUUCCGUUGUGGCAAACCGGGUCACUAUCUCAGGGACUACCCAUCGCAAUUAAACAGCAACAGGCCACCACCACCCAGAGCAGAAGGGACAGUGCAAGGCAACUUCCAGCGUACUACUACGCCUGCACUGGUUUUUGCUUUGACACCUGUGAAGGCUGAGGGUAGGGAGGGCUUGAUCACCGCUUCCUAUCACACCAGUAUUGAUUGUUUUAAAAAAGAAGUGGUUUUCAGACCCCCAAAAGAAAGUGAAUUUCGGUUCACAAGGUCGAAAGUGAGGUUGGUUCCACCCAUCAUUUCUGCCAUUCAAAUUGGAAAAUUGUUACGUGAUGGUCGUCAGGGAUUCUUAGGCUGUGUGGUUGAAGCACCGAAAGAAGAGUUGAAGUUGGAACAGAUACCUGUUGUGAGUGAAUAUCCAAAGGUUUUCCAAGAAGAUUUAUCUAGACUUCCACCCGAGCGAGAGGUAGAGUUUGCUAUUGAACUAGUCCCAGGCACGGGACCCCUUUCGAAAGCACCAUACCGAAUGGCGCCGUCUGAAUUGGUGGAACUCAAGGAACAGUUGCAAGAUUUGUUGGAUAAGGGUUUCAUCAGGCCCAGUGUAUCACCUUGGAGAACUCCUCUUCAGGGUGCUCAGGUAUUUUCAAAGAAGGAUCUUCAAUCGGGUUACCAUCAAUUGAAGAUCAGAGCAGAAGACGUGGCUAAGACGGCGUUCAGGACCCGAUAUGGCCAUUAUGAGUUUUUGGUCAUGCCUUUUGGUCUGACUAACGCCCCAGUAGUAUUCAUGGACUUGAUGAACAAGGUAUUCCAUGAGUUUUUGGAUAAGUUUGCGGUUGUCUUUAUUGAUAAUAUACUGAUAUAUUCCAAAAGGAAGACCGAGCAUGAAGAACAUUUGAAGUUGGUACUCAGGACACUCAGAGAUAAGCAGUUGUUUGCUAAGUUGAAGAAGUGUGAAUUUUGGCUUGAUUCAAUCACGUUUCUAGGACAUGUAGUUUCGAAAGAUGGCAUUUCAGUGGAUCGAGGAAAAGUGGAAGGAGUGGUUAUUUGGUAUGACCGGCAACUACCGGUUCUCGGAUUCCACGUCAGUUAUGGGGCCCACGAGACAACUGGAGGCGCUUUUACGGACAUCGGAACCCAAGUUCAGUUUGUGGAUGAGAUUUAA